AUGCUCGGCCGUGGAAGAUCGGUACGAGAGCAGGAGUCGAAGAGCGGUUCGAGGUUACCAAGAGAGGCGGCCGAUGAUCUACGGAGAAGCGCGGCCCCUGGAAAGGAUGAUGUGACCAAUGGCAUCAUUCUCGAUACUCUCGAGGUGCUGAAGGACAACUGGUGUACCCAGUUCACUGAAGCUCUUGAGACUGGUAUAUAUCCCGAUGGGUGGAAGUCAUCCAAAGGGAUCUUCAUUCAUAAGACCGGCAGGGACCCCACCAAGCCUAACGGCUGGAGGCCAAUCUGCCUGGUCGGUUCAGGUAGCAAGCUGUUCGAACGUCUCAUAAUAGAACGGCUUGCCUCUUGCCCGCAGAUCCAGAAACGAUUGGACUCUCCCAUUGUCCAUGGAUUCUGCAAAGGCAAAUCGGUUGACUCUGCUGUCCUGCGCGUGGUCGAAGCGUUCAGGGCUGGCAGAAAGAGGAGUAAGAGCGCGCCUAUUGCACUUGUCCAACUCGACGUGCAAAACGCGUUCAGCUCGGUAAAACACAGCCACAUCCUGGCAACCCUGGCCCAAUACGAUGUCCCACGCUAUCUAGUGAGCAUUGUUGAAGGCUACUUGAGGGCCCAGAGUGUUUCGGCUGUCUAUGGUGCAGACGUGGCCACUCUGGAACUUCAACGAGGGGUGCCUCAGGGCAGUGCCCUGGGCCCCUUCUUGUUCCUUCUAUCCACCCUGCCGCUUGUAGAUGACUUCGCAAAUUUGGAGGCGAAAGGCGUGAGCUUGACCCUCUAUGCGGAUGAUACAACGGUUGUGGUAUCCGGUGGAACUGGCCCGUCCUUGGUUAAACGGUGGCAGUCAGCAGAAGCUCUACUACUGGCUUGGGCCGCCAAAGCGGGAGUGUCCUACGAGCCGGCUAAAAGCCAGGCACUCCUACCCAGGACCAUCGGGAACCAUGCCUUGUCCCUUGAUGGUACACCUAUCGACAUUGUUAAAGUCGUACGGGUGCUCGGUGUCUGGAUCGACCACCGCCUCUCUUUCCAGCACCAUAUUCGGUUAAAGGUGUCCGAAGCCAAGGCCAAACUUGGUCGUCUCAGGCACCUCGGUUGGGCGCGAGCAGGGAUCACCGGUAAGAAAAUAAUCAAAACCUACAUGGUGGCGAUCUUACCGGCCCUUGCCCACGCAGUAGCGGCCUGGAAGGAAGGGCUUGAAUCCGCCACGGCAAAGUCCGCAUUACUGCAGGUCACAGCCAUGGUAGCGAGGAUAGCCCUCCAGGCUCCACGGAACUGCUCCAACGCGGCUCUUUGUGUCGCGGCUGGUCUCUUACCAGCAGACUUGGAGCUCAAGACUAUUGCAGCCGUAAGGCUGUCCGCACUUGGUUGUGCGAGGGCCCUAGACCAGACACUCGCGGUCAAAGGUCUGACUCUAACAGAGAGUCAAGGUAGUCUGGACAAGGUCCAGCACUGGCGGGGUCUGCCUACCUUACCAUGGCAACCUUGGGUCAAGACUACGAUCCGGGACAAAGAAAGAGCCAAGAGCUAUGCGCAGGCGGCUCUCCUCUCCGGAAAUGCCAUCUUCACCGAUGGCUCGGUGGUCAAAGACCCUGAAAUCCCGGACAAGGUUACCUUCCACUGGGUGCCUGGUCACAGUGGUAUGUUCGCUAAUGACAGAGCCGACGAAUUGGCAGCCAAGGGUGCCUCCAUGAUGGAAGUCUCUGCGGAGACGGAAAUCAGUGUGAAGACCCUUAGGCGUUAUCAGGCCGAAGCAGGGCGUCUGGCACUGCGUAAGUGGUGGUCAGACAAACGGGCCGGUCUAGGCACUUGCGUCAAUGACUUCUUCUACUGUGCCUCGCAUGCGAGGCUAUGGAGUCGAGGGGAAGUUACACCCGCUGGCAGUGCCGUGGUUUUUGGUAGGGCUCCCACUCCUGCGCAUCUUCACAGGUGUGGAGUAAUCGCCUCCCCAGAAUGUGAUUGCGGAGCUCCAAUAGGGAAUGUUAGACAUCUCCUCCGUUCCUGUCCACUCCUAGAGCAGGCUAGAAAACGGGUCAAAGGUGGUGUACCCUAUCACUUCUAUGAAAUGGUUGUCGAUUUAAAGCGGCGCAAGGCCUUCAAUCGGCUGUUUUUGGCCCUCAUGCAGCAUCUAGAUGCUCGCAGGGGUUUGCUGUAG